AUGAAGUUUUUAAUUGGUUUAACUAUUGUGUCUUGCUUGGCUAUCGGUCAAGCAAUGGCUGGCGGUAGUGAGAUUGUGGCCGCUGCUCGCACUCAAAUCGGUGUUCCUUAUUCUUGGGGUGGCGGUGGCUGGUCUGGAAAAUCUCGCGGCAUUCAGCAAGGUGCCCACACAGUCGGUUUUGACUGUUCUGGUCUAGCUCAAUACAGCGUGUACCACGGCACUCACAAGAAGAUUGCCCGAGUGGCUUCAGCUCAGUAUCAUGACCAUCAAUGCCACCACGUCCCCUACGCCCAACACCAGCCCGGCGAUUUGGUCUUCUUUGCCAAGGGCUCAGACAUUCAUCACGUCGCUAUUAUUAGUGGACAUAACACUAUGAUUGAAGCACCGCACACUGGCGCUAAAGUUCACGAAACUUCAGUUCGCGCUGCUGAACGAAUGGCCAAUGUUGCUCGAUGUUUUUAG